AUGAUGCUGUUCCGUGUGUUGUUUACUAUGACUUUGGUGCUGAGCAUUGCCUGUGCAUGUAUGGAGUCUGGAGAUGCUCUUGUUUCUAAAGCACUGCCUGAAGGUUUGCUUGAGGAAAACAGUGCGACAGGUCUUUCUUGUCCUCCUAGUGCUGUUGGUAGUAACGGUACUUGUCCUCAUUCUUCUGCGGAGAAGUCUUGCCCUGCUAAUGCUUCUCCUUCUGCAGAUGGUCAAACUUGUCAUACAUCCGAAGAAAAGAAAGCGACUUUAUCUAUACCGCAAGAUCAUGAUCGUCAAACUAAUAAGGGUCAUGAUGGUCCUUCUGAUUCUUCUGGUCAUGGUCAUACUGUGGUUGGUGUGAAUAGUGUCGAGGGUUCUCUUGGUAAAAACACUGGUGCUUCUCUUGCUACUUGUCCUGAUGGUUCUGCUGGUGUUUCUUGUCCUCGUACUGUGGAAAGUACAUCUGGUGGUGGUGAUGGUCCGUCUAAAGCAAGACCACCUGUUGCAAUGGGCGAAACUCCUGAAGCUCUUCCUGGUGAAGCUGAUGCUCCUGCUGACAGUGUACCACGUAAAGAUAAUGUUGAAGAAGGUGACAAAGGUGCUUCUACUGAACAAGGGAAUCAUGAUCCUGAAUCUGGAGAGGGUCGUAAUGGUGCUGCUUCUACUGCUGCGGAAAGCAGCGAUGUUCCUGCAGGUGGCCUUAAAAAUGGAAAAAGCGACAACAGUGCA